AUGGAAAAGCGUGUCCAUGUUUUCCAGAGCCUGGCCCAGCUAGAGAACCUGUGCAAGCAGCUGUAUGAGACCACGGACACGGCGACGCGGCUGCAGGCGGAGAAAGCCCUGGUGGAGUUCACCAACAGCCCCGACUGCCUGAGCAAGUGCCAGCUGCUCCUCGAGAGAGGGAGUUCCUCCUACUCCCAGUUACUGGCAGCCACCUGCCUUACCAAACUGGUGUCACGCACAAACAACCCCCUGCCGCUGGAGCAGCGAAUAGAUAUCCGGAAUUAUGUGCUCAACUACCUGGCCACGAGGCCGAAGCUGGCGACGUUCGUGACGCAGGCGCUGAUCCAGCUCUACGCCCGCAUCACCAAGCUGGGCUGGUUCGACUGCCAGAAGGACGAGUACGUCUUCAGGAACGUCAUCACCGACGUCACCCGCUUCCUCCAGGACAGUGUCGAGCACUGCAUCAUAGGAGUGACAAUCCUGUCCCAACUAACGAAUGAGAUUAAUCAAGCGGAUACAACCCACCCACUGACCAAGCACAGGAAAAUUGCCUCUUCCUUCCGGGAUUCCUCUUUAUUUGAUAUUUUCAACCUGUCCUGCAGUUUACUGAAACAGGCUUCUGGGAAGAACCUGAACCUGAACGAUGAAAGCCAGCACGGGCUGCUCAUGCAGCUCCUCAAGCUCACCCACAACUGCCUGAACUUCGAUUUCAUCGGCACCUCCACGGACGAGUCCUCGGAUGAUCUUUGCACUGUGCAGAUCCCAACCAGUUGGAGAUCAGCAUUCUUGGAUUCUUCGACCCUGCAGUUGUUUUUUGAUCUUUAUCAUUCCAUCCCUCCUUCGUUCUCUCCUCUGGUUUUGUCCUGCUUGGUGCAGAUCGCCUCCGUUCGCAGAUCCCUCUUCAACAACGCCGAGCGGGCAAAGUUCUUAUCUCAUCUCGUUGAUGGAGUCAAACGGAUACUGGAAAACCCCCAGAGCUUGUCAGACCCCAAUAACUACCACGAGUUCUGCCGAUUGCUGGCGCGGUUGAAAAGCAAUUACCAGCUGGGCGAGCUGGUGAAGGUGGAGAACUACCCCGAGGUCAUCCGGCUCAUUGCCAACUUCACCGUCACCAGCCUGCAGCACUGGGAGUUUGCUCCCAACAGUGUUCACUACCUGCUGAGCCUGUGGCAGCGCCUGGCAGCGUCCGUGCCCUACGUGAAGGCCACCGAGCCCCACAUGCUGGAGACCUACACCCCCGAGGUCACCAAAGCCUACAUCACAUCCCGCCUGGAAUCCGUGCACAUCAUCCUCAGGGACGGGCUGGAGGAUCCCCUGGACGACACGGGGCUGGUGCAGCAGCAGCUGGACCAGCUCUCCACCAUCGGGCGCUGCGAGUACGAGAAGACGUGUGCUCUGCUCGUGCAGCUCUUCGACCAGUCAGCCCAGUCCUACCAGGAGCUGCUCCAGAGUGCCACUGCCAGCCCCAUGGACGUGGCUGUGCAGGAAGGGCGCCUGACGUGGCUCGUCUACAUCAUCGGGGCGGUCAUUGGCGGGCGGGUGUCGUUCGCCAGCACGGACGAGCAGGAUGCCAUGGAUGGAGAGUUGGUCUGUCGGGUGCUGCAGCUGAUGAACCUGACGGAUUCCCGCCUGGCACAGGCUGGGAAUGAGAAGCUGGAGUUGGCCAUGCUGAGCUUCUUCGAGCAGUUCCGGAAGAUCUAUAUCGGAGAUCAGGUGCAGAAGUCUUCCAAGCUGUACCGGCGGCUCUCCGAGGUGCUGGGGCUCAACGACGAGACGAUGGUGCUGAGCGUGUUCAUCGGGAAAAUCAUCACCAACCUGAAGUACUGGGGUCGGUGUGAGCCCAUCACCUCCAAGACGCUGCAGCUGCUCAACGACCUCUCCAUUGGGUACAGCAGCGUGAGGAAGCUGGUGAAGCUGAGCGCUGUGCAGUUCAUGCUGAACAAUCACACGAGUGAGCACUUUUCCUUCCUGGGCAUUAACAAUCAGUCCAACCUGACGGACAUGAGGUGUCGGACGACGUUCUACACUGCACUGGGGCGUCUGCUCAUGGUGGAUUUAGGGGAAGAUGAGGAUCAGUACGAGCAGUUCAUGCUUCCCCUCACUGCUGCCUUUGAGACUGUGGCCCAGAUGUUCAGCACAAACACCUUCAACGAACAAGAGGCAAAAAGAACUUUGGUGGGUUUGGUGAGAGAUUUGAGGGGAAUUGCCUUUGCCUUCAACGCCAAGACCAGCUUCAUGAUGCUGUUUGAGUGGAUUUACCCCUCCUACAUGCCAAUCCUGCAGAGAGCCAUCGAGCUCUGGUACCACGACCCAGCCUGCACCACCCCUGUCCUCAAACUCAUGGCUGAGCUGGUCCACAACAGAUCCCAACGGCUGCAGUUUGACGUGUCCUCUCCCAAUGGAAUCCUGCUCUUCCGAGAGACCAGUAAAAUGAUCACGACCUACGGGAAUCGCAUCCUGACGCUGGGGGAGGUCCCCAAGGAUCAGGUCUACGCCCUGAAGCUCAAGGGCAUCUCCAUCUGCUUCUCCAUGCUGAAGGCAGCGCUGAGCGGCAGCUACGUCAACUUCGGGGUGUUCCGGCUCUACGGGGACGACGCCCUGGACAACGCCCUGCAAACCUUCAUCAAACUGCUGCUCUCCAUCCCCCACAGCGACCUCCUGGAUUAUCCCAAGCUCAGCCAGUCCUACUAUUCCUUGCUGGAAGUUCUUACCCAGGACCACAUGAACUUUAUAGCCAGUCUGGAGCCUCAUGUAAUCAUGUAUAUUCUCUCUUCCAUUUCAGAAGGUCUCACUGCACUAGACACCAUGGUUUGCACGGGCUGCUGCUCCUGCCUGGACCACAUUGUCACUUAUCUCUUCAAGCAACUGUCCCGCAGCACCAAGAAGAGAACGACCCCCCUGACCCAGGAGAGCGACCGCUUCCUGCACAUCAUGCAGCAGCACCCCGAGAUGAUCCAGCAGAUGCUCUCGACAGUGCUGAACAUCAUCAUCUUCGAGGACUGCAGGAACCAGUGGUCCAUGUCCAGGCCCCUGCUCGGCCUCAUCCUGCUCAACGAGAAGUAUUUCUCUGACCUGAGGAACAGCAUAGUGAACAGCCAGCCCCCGGAGAAGCAGCAGGCCAUGCACCUCUGCUUCGAGAACCUCAUGGAGGGCAUCGAACGCAACCUGCUGACCAAGAACAGGGACAGGUCAGUGUGGGGCUGGGGCCUCCUGGGCAGCACAGCACUGGAGCAGCUUUUCCAUGACAUUCCUUCGUGGAAAGGGUUGUCCAGGGCGGUGGUGGAGUCGCCAUCCCUGCAGGGAUUUCCCACAUGUGGGGAUCUGGGCUUGGCACUGCUGGGUUGAGGGUCGGGCUCGAUGACCUCAGAGGGCUUUUCCAGCCUCGAUUCCACGAUUCCAUUUUAGGGAAUCAGGGCAGAAUUUUUUGGGUUUUUGUUUUUUGGUUUUUGGGGUUUUUUUCCCAAGGCUGACCAGGCGGUGUUUAAAUUAAUUGGCAGUGCUUAAUGAUCCUUUUCUCAGCUGGGUUCCAAUAACCUGCACUGCUCAGG